AUGGACGACGCUUUUGUCUUUUUAGCUGCGUGGAAAAAAACCGAUCCACAGAAGAAAGUGUCAGACAGACUCUCGGAAGGGUAUUCGGAGUCCGCCGUUUCUGUAACUGUUACUUCUGUAACUAAUUUCAUAGCCUUCACUUCAGGACUGUUUACACCUUUCAGAGCAAUAUAUUAUUUUUGCUUAUACGCAUCGACUGCUGUUGUCUUCUGUUACGUUUAUCAAAUAACAUUCGUUGGUGCGUGCAUGGCAGUCUUUGGAUAUGUAGAAAAACAGCAGAGACAUGCUUUGUUCUUUACGAAAAUAACCGCAGAGAAAGAAAACUGCAUUUGGAUUCGAAAAAUUUUUUUCACUACUGAAUUUUGGAAAUCGAAUAAAGACCCAAAAACCCGAACUUCAUCAUUUUGGAUGCAACUCGGUAAUAUUUUAUCAUUGUGGUACGUCAAGAUUGCAAUUCUCUUCAUUAUGGCAGGUUACGUGACUGUUGGAGUUUGGGGAGUGACAAAAACAGAUACUAUAGGAUCUCUUAGUUAUAUUUCUGCGUACGAUUCAUAUUUUGUACAAUACCAUAAUAAUAUUUAUAAACAUUUUAGUAAUUACGAAAACAGAAUCCAAAUCGUUGUCGAUCAAGAAAUAAAUUAUGCAGAUGUGAAAAUUCAGAACCAAAUAGAGAAACUUUUCUCUGAAAUGGAGAAAGAAGGAUUAAUUGCAGAUUUUCUUACCGAGUCUUGGCUCCGAAGUUUUGUGGAAUUCGUCAAAGACGAUUCGAUGGUUUCUAUUGUAAAGUCAUACAAUAUGAGCGACAUAAAAGAUUUUAUUGUAGUCCUGCGCCGAAUGUUUCUACGUCAUAAUUAUGCUCAACGAUUUCGUAAUGAUAUUGCAUUCAACUCUGACUAUACAGCUAUCGUUGGAAGCAGAUUCUUUUGUCAGACUAAUUUCACUGUCAAUGAAAAGUCAUUGCACGGAACUUUACAGAGACUAAGGAAAAUCACUGAUAAAAUGCCAUUCAGAGUGUUUCCCUAUCACUUCUUGAAUUAUGGUGUCGACAGCAUUGACUUGCAUGUAAAAUUUACUGUUCAACUGUUGUGUAGUAUUGUGAUAAUUGUAAUUUUUGUUUGUUUUGUUUUUAUGCCAGACGUUGUGGUUACGUUUUCGGUAGCUUUUUCUAUUAUUACUAUAGAAAUUUCUACCUUGGGUUACAUGGCUCUGUGGGAUGUGGAAUUGGCUCCUGUGUCUAUAAUCAUCUUAGUCGCGUGCGCCGGUUUUUCGGUCGAUUAUUCUGCUCAUCUGUCUCAUUCUUACAGAUAUUGCGACUUUGAGGAUCCCAAUGAACGUCUUCGUCAUAGCAUCGAUUUAAUCGGACUCGCAAUAUUUCAAGGUAGUGCAUCAACAAUAAUUGCAGUGUUACCUUUAGCCAUUCCUUUGGCUCCAUUUCCAAAUUGCCCCCCUCAACAAUCCAAUUGCCCCCUGUGGGACGUGGGCCCCACGUUGGGAAACACUGGCUUAGAGAGACCAAGCUCCAGAAACGAAACAAAAGAUGGAAUAACGAAUUGUGAAAAAGUUCCGAAUCAGACCGUUUCCAUAGAAAACGCUAUUAGUUCGAAAGAAUUAGUUGGAAACGAUAGUCCUGCAGAAAUUAAAGUAGAGAAUUCGACCGAUACGGGAAAAGCAAAUGCAGAGGGUAAUUCAACGAUGACUCGACGAAUUUCUGAACCUGCCAUUAAAAGAAUUUGGCGAUAUCGAGAAAGAAAACAGCCUUUAGAUCGAAAUUCCUGGCUAUUAAAAAGUACAGUACGUACGACCUGA